UUAACAUUUUCUCUUGGAACACUCUCUCUUUCAUUGGAGAAGAUGGCGAGUGACGAGAGGGUAGUGAGGCGACAGAUUGGUAGGAAAGGAAGUAUGGCGAGAACAUGGCUGCUGAUGGGCAGUGAGGGGCAGAGACAGAUGGUGGAGGCAAGUAGGCAGUUGAUAAUGCAGAGGACAGGGCUGACUGCUAGGGACUUUAGGAUUCUUGAUCCUAUGUUGUCAUACUCUUCCACAAUCGUGGGGCGUGACAGAGCAAUUGUCUUAAACUUGGAACAAAUUAAGGCUAUCAUCACUGCACAUGAGGUUCUUUUGCUCAAUUCUAGAGACCCUUCUGUUAUCCCUUUUGUUGAUGAACUUCAUGCACAAAUUCUUCAUCAUCACACUACUGUUACUGAUCAUCCUCAACCUCAGGGUCUAGAUGGGAAGGAUAAGGGUGAAAUGAGGCAAGAUAGCAGCAGGAAGAAGAUUCUUCCGUUUGAGUUUGUUGUGUUGGAGGCAUGCCUCGAAGCUGUUAUUAGUUCCUUAGAAAAUGAGGCAAAUAUUUUGGAAUUGGAGGCUCUCCCCGCUUUAGAUAAGUUGACUUCAAAGAUUAGUACUCUUAAUUUGGAACGUGUUCGUCAUAUUAAGAGUCGAUUAGUUGCCUUAACUGCUCGUGUUCAAAGGGUAAGAGAUGAAUUAGAAAACUUGUUGGAUGAUGAUGGAGAUAUGGCUGAGCUAUAUUUGACAGAUAAGUUGGCUCAAAAGAAGUUUGAAAAUUCUUCUACUUUUUCAUCCAUGAAUAAUAACGGGGAUGACAUGAUGAUGAACCGGGUUCUUCAACCAAAUAUAGUUGACAGGACUGGUCACGAAAUAUCAUUGGAACGAGGUGGAGAUUCUACAUGUGAUCAUGGAGAUUAUGAAAAUGUUGUUGGUGAAGAAAUCUCUGGGACACAAGCUGGUACUGUCUAUAGUGGCGUAACCAAUGUUUCUGAGCUUGAGAUGCUGUUGGGAGCAUACUUUGUGCAAAUUGGAGGCACAGUCAACAAAAUAUCUGCGCUGAGUGACUAUGUUGAAGACACAGAGGACUACAUAAACAUUACAUUGGAUGAUAAUCAGAACCGUAUUCUGCAAACUGGAGUUCAGAUAGGCACAGCAAGUGUGAUUCUGAAUUGCUUUGUUGCUGUGACAGGUGUUUUUGGUAUGAAUAUUCACAUUCAACUAUUUGAUGAUGGUGGAAUGAAAGAAUUCCUUGGAACUAUUUUUGGAUGCACUGGUGCUUGUGUCAUCUUAUACUUCCUUGCCAUGCUUUGGUACAAGAAAAUGCGCAUGUUGGAAUAGUUAGUUGGUCGGGCACCCUAAUUAUGUUUCAAAUAAAUUUGUACAAGUUUUUAUAUUACUAUAGACAUAUCGUCUGUGUAGUUUGUUUUGCGGUUGUCAUAAUUGAUUCUGAGAGAUUUGAUUGGUUAAAAUUGAGUUUAACGUAAUUGAUU